AUGUACAAUCUGUUAGUACUUUUGCCAAAGAGAAGAAAAUUCAUAAAUUUAGUCAGCCUCUGCAAUGAUUUAUGGGAGAAUGUAAAAGACAAGGCCGAGGGUGAAGUAGUGAAGGGUUAUGCCAAAAUAGCAUUGUACCUUACUUACGGUUUCGCUAUUAAUGUCUUCUUAGCUCUACUAGGUCUAUUAGUACAACCAUUGUUUGCCGAAUUCAUUUACGACACAAAUGGAACAAUGAUAGUCAGCAAGGAACUGCCAUAUUCCACUGGAACAUUUCACGAAAAGGUUACAACUUUUUAUAUUUGUACAAUUUCGACUGUCGAAUUUAAAACCCAUUAAUGGAGGGCAUAUGAGGAAUUUUAAUUCGGAUAAUAGUACUUUUGGUGAAAUAGUGGAAAUUGUGAAGCAACAUCAAAGUGUUUUG